GCGCGCUUACUCGCAGUCGAGUCGGUAUCAACAUGGCAGCUCUGAGUUUUGCAGGAAGCGACCUGGAGUAGAUAAAGCCCAAUUUGACAGUUUGACAGCAGCGACAGCGUCCGGGCGUCUGCGUUUUAGAAGCGAACGGACCCGAGGGGGGUGAAAAAUGUCGGGUGACGGAAACAAAAAGCAGUUCUGGAAAAGAAACGCGGCGAAGGUUCCCGGCAGCAUUCAGCAUGUGUAUGGCGCACAGCAUCCACCUUUUGAUCCCCUUCUUCACGCUAACUUGAUCAAAGCUGGCCAGAAGCCAUCUCCAGCCACGCCGGGCAAGCCCAAGAAGGCCACCACCUUCCAGGAGUUCGAGAGCAUCACCAGCGACGCCUGGGACGUCGGGGACGACGACGACGAGCUGCUGGCCAUGGCCGCGCAGAACCUCAAUAUCGAGGUCGUCAUGGAGACCGCCAAUAAGGUGAUUGAAAAUCACAGCAAGUUGCAUGAGAGACAGAAGAUGGACGACAACACGCACGAGGAGGGGGCGGACAACAACGACGAGGAGGAGGAGGAGGAGGAGGAGGAUGAGGAAGACGAGGAGGGAGACUUGACCAGCCCGGAGCUUUCCUUCUCUUUCCAAAGCAACCUCGACACCGAAGGGCGCCUGGUGAAAUCCCACAGCGAGGCUCCCAUUGGAUCACCGAAAGAUGCAGCCGGCGAGCACGCAGCGCUCUACAGGCAGCGCUCUCUGCCACACCGGCCGGUCAUCCCGCUCGUGGCUCGCAUGGCCGACCAGAACACAUCGGGCACCCCGGCCAUGACUGAGAGGGAAGCGUCACGUCUGGAUAAGUUCAAGCAGUUGUUGGCUGGCCCCAACACAGAUCUCGAAGAGCUUCGAAAACUCAGCUGGUCCGGAGUCCCGCGACAAGUCCGACCAAUCACGUGGAAGCUCCUUUCAGGUUACCUGCCUGCUAAUGCUGAGAGGCGAGAGAAUGUCCUUCAGAGAAAGAGACAGGAGUACUUUGGCUUCAUCCAGCAGUACUACGACUCCCGCAACGACGAGCACCACCAGGACACAUACAGACAGAUUCACAUUGACAUACCGAGAACUAAUCCUCUUAUUCCUCUCUUUCAACAAGCUUCUGUCCAAGAGAUAUUUGAACGGAUCCUUUUCAUUUGGGCCAUCCGCCACCCGGCCAGCGGCUACGUGCAAGGCAUCAACGACCUGGUCACGCCCUUUUUUGUGGUCUACGUCUUCGAGUACAUCGAGGAAGAAGUGGAAAACUUUGACGUGUCCAGUCUCCAGGAAGAGGCUUUGAGGAAUAUCGAGGCUGACAGCUUCUGGUGCAUGAGCAAAUUGCUGGACGGCAUCCAGGACAACUACACGUUUGCACAGCCAGGCAUUCAGAGGAAAGUCAAGGCCCUGGAGGAGCUGGUCAGCAGGAUUGAUGAGUCGGUGCAUCAUCACAUGCAGCAUUACGAGGUGGAGUACUUGCAGUUUGCCUUUCGUUGGAUGAACAACCUCUUGAUGCGGGAGCUGCCACUUCGAUGCACUAUUAGACUCUGGGACACCUACCAGGCUGAACCCGAGGGUUUCUCCCAUUUCCAUCUGUACGUCUGUGCAGCCUUCCUGGUGAGGUGGAGAAAAGAGAUUCUUGAGGAGCGAGACUUUCAGGGUCUCAUGAUUCUACUGCAAAACCUUCCCACCAUGCACUGGGGCAACGAAGAAGUCAGCGUGCUGCUGGCCGAGGCCUACCGGUUGAAGUUCGCCUUCGCCGACGCCCCCAACCACUACAAGAGAUGAUGACGCCCUCCUCCGCUACCUCCGUGACAAAUCUUUUUAGCAAAAAAGGACCACGUUGCCCAAAAGGAGAUUUGAAAAAACUAAGUGGAUGUAGCACUGAACGUGUGGACCUGGAACCAUAUUUGUGACCUAACAAAAUGACAUUCCACUCACAAAAGACUUGGGAGAAUAAUCCCCUCCCCAACCACACACCCCCAACUUCCUCCGGAAAAAAUCUGACCUGUCAAGUCAACGGAAGGCGGCGAAAAGGGCAAUGUGCACCCUGCCCCCCCCCACUCCCCCCUACCCACAGCCCAGGAUUCCCCUCCAUCCAUUAAAAAUCCCCGUCCUCCUGAUUUUGCCCAGAAAGCUCCCCCGACAUCGAAAUAAAUCCCUAAAUGGUCGCCCAAAGAUGCUUUCUUAGGGAGUUUGCAUCUACGCAAUUAAAAACAAAGAGGGCCCGAACCGGUGCCCUCGUUCCCGUGCAGUUUUACCAGAAGUAUCAGAUCUCAUCAGUUCACGAGGAGUUCGUGCGCGCACUGAAAAUCGACUUUGUGACGUAUUGAAGACAAACGUUAUCGAUGAGUGGAUUUUUUUUCUCCUCUCGUCUGAUUGUUCAUUGCAGUUACAAGAUCUCGUCGUGAGAAUCUCAUCACGUCAACCCACUGACAGGUUUUUGUUUGAAAAUAAAACAUAUUGCAAGUAGAAAUCAGGAUGAGUUGACUUGAUAUAUUGAUAUCUAAAAUCAAGUCUUUUUUGCCAUGUUCAAAAAUGUCUGAAAAUAGUACAGGAAGAUGUUUUCACUCCAAUUAAGAUUCACUAGGUAAAAUUAUUUUUUGGUUUUUUUUUAGUGUUGAAGUCAUACUUGGAAGUAUUUUCCUCUUCAUAUUGUUUGCAUAACAAACCUCGUAAUUUCUGCCUGGCAUCGGAGAUUUUUUUCUUUCCAAGAUUUUAAAUUUUUGCUACUUUUUUUUCUCUUUUUUUUAUAUUUUACAAACAGCCAGUCUCACUUUUCUUGCCUUAAUCUGCACAAUUUAAAGAAAAUAAAAAAUAGUCAAAACCAGAUUAUUUCAACAGAUUGAACACAUGUAACAUAUAGUGCCACCUUCUGACAUCGCCACCACCUUUUUUUUGAAUCUAUUGCUAGAUAAACUUAAAAAAAAAAACAUUUCAGACUAACGCCAGUCUGCUCACACGGGCAUCCCCACAGUGAUGAAAGUGCGAGUCUUUUCUGGCUGCAGCCUCCUCCUUCCCACAACACUGAACUUCAAACCAUCUUUGAAGAAUCUCCAGCAAGGUCCCCCUGCCCCCGCACCCGCCCCCUGAGUCACAUUUCCCCCAUGGUAGUUUUUGCCCCCCCCCUUCUCGUCUUCUGACAUGGAAAUCUGCUCAUGAAAACCAACAGCAAAUGAACAAAAAAUAAAGGAAAAAAAAAUCCCCCGUGAGCCGAGAACGUUCAGAAAAUGGAAGACUAGUCGAGCGGGAGGUGUACUGGUUCUUGGGGGAAGAGGGGGGUUGUACAGAAAUUUUUGAAAUUAAAAGAAAAUUGUAAAUAAAAGUGUAAAUAAAUCGUCUAUAUGCCAAAGUGUCACGGUGUUUAUUGUUUUGUAUUUAUGAGGGUUGGUGUACAUUUCCAGACGCUAAUUUAGUUUUACACACAAAAGGCGAGCAUCGGGCUUGAAGUCGAACGCGUCGUACUGCAAAACCACAAAAGCGCGCGCGUUGAAAAGCUUUCCUGGCUUCUCGUUAGGCUGAGUGAUGUUCGCGCAGGCAGCCAAUUACGGAGGAGUGGUCACUCGAGGACGCCAGUCACUUCGUGGGAAAUUAAAAAUACAUUAGUAGCAACAAUGGUCGCGGGAACGGGCCCGUCUGUGCGCUUGGCGUCUCGCUAUUCAUCUGUCCUGCCCCCCCCCGGGGGGGGGGGGGUGUUGGGGCAUUA